CCGAGAGCUCAUCAGAGGAAAAAUGGGACACAAAUGACAAGGCUGAGCGCACUGACAGCAUUUCAGCGUUAUUUCCCUCUACUUUAGACACCACUCAGGAUAUAUGGUGCAGUGGGUAGGCUAUUUUUUCCUGCGCUUACCCGUAAACCCGCACUCUUCGGAUGAUCUUGAUGGGCCCGCGGUGAUCUCCAGUCUGUAAUUUUGCUCCAGAAAUGCUGUUUCUUCAACAGUUACCCUGUCGUCUGGAGCUGUUGGCCACAUGUGGAUUGUUGCCCCGUGGAACAGAUCAGCUACAUUUAAUCUCACGGAUGGUGAUGUAAUUAUUCCCAUUAAUUUGGAUACAUUGGAUUUUCCGGGAUCAUAUCCAAACACCGAGGUGACUGGGACGUUGGAGAAAGAAAACAUACACAUAUAUAUAUCACACACACCCCACACACUGGGCUGGGAAUAAGUCCAGACAAUGCUUCAGUGUUCCAGCUGUGAAAAGCCUAUUCUUGAUAGGUUCCUGCUCAAAGUUUUGGACAGACCGUGGCACAUAAAAUGUGUCCAGUGCUGCGAAUGCAAAUGCACUUUGACAGAGAAGUGUUUUUCACGAGAGGGGAGACUGUAUUGUAAGAAUGACUUCUUUAGGACAUUUGGGACCAAGUGUGACGGUUGCGCCCAGGGGAUUUUACCCAGUGAUCUUGUCCGCAGGGCCAAGAGCAAAGUGUUUCACCUGAACUGUUUCACCUGUGUGAUGUGCAACAAACAGCUGUCCACAGGAGAGGAACUGUACAUCCUGGACGAAUUCAAGUUUGUUUGUAAGGAGGACUAUCAAAACAACAAUGGGAAAGACACAAUCCUCCUUUCAGUCACGACGUGCAGCGACCCGAGUUUGUCUCCAGACUCCCAGGACCCGCAGGACGACGGGAAGGACUCAGAAACGGGACAUUUAUCCGAUAAAGACAACAACAACGAGAACGACGAGCAGAGCGCCGUCGGGAAACGACGCGGGCCUCGGACCACCAUAAAAGCCAAGCAGCUGGAGACCCUGAAAGCUGCUUUCGCGGCCACGCCGAAACCCACGAGGCACAUCAGGGAGCAGCUGUCACGAGAGACCGGCCUCACCAUGAGAGUCAUCCAGGUUUGGUUCCAAAAUCGGAGGUCCAAAGAGAGACGCAUGAAGCAGCUGAGCGCUCUGAGCGGCCGGAGACACGUGUUCUUCCGCGGCCAGAGGAGGAUGAGGGCGCUGGGAGAGAGACUGGAGGCAGAGGAGCUUGGACACUUCUCUUAUUAUGGAGAUUAUCCUGCUGAAUACUACAGCUCAGGAGGGAAUUAUGAGUACUACCAAGGCCCACCAUCAUCCCAGGCUCAGACUCCAGCAGACUUGGGCUUUGUGCCCUCCUCUGUUCCUGCUGGCACCCCAUUAGGAACAAUAGACCACCACCACCCAGGGCACCACUGUCCUGGAGAGGUGCACUGUUUCUCUGACACAGUAUCUCACCAUCCUGCGGACUCACCCAGUCCUGAGCCCACUAUGCCGGGCUCAAUGCACAGCAUCUCCAGUGAGAUGUGUGGCCCCAGCACACCCUACACAACUGUGUCUCUCAGUGACAAUGGAUACACCAACCAGCUGUCACAACCCUCAUCAGAAAUGAGCGAAGGCACUGUCUGGUGAUCCAGUCGACUCCA